CCGAUGACUUAACUUUUGGGUUGAACUCGCUCCAUGUGGUGUUUAACCGGAUAACUUUAAGACUAUUUUAAAUCUCCUAUGUUUUUAUGAAUAUAGGUAUUCGUCACUGAGUGUAAAUGCCACCAAAAGCAGCUAAAAAGGGCUCAGCCAAAAAGCCCAAUGCCUCUGGGGCCGCAGCUGGCAACAGGAACUGGGAGGCUGCUCUCACCAGUGCUCAGUUUGAGGAGGAGUCAUGGCAAGCCUGUGUGUCUUUGGUGGUUGGGGAAAGUCCAGAGGAUGAGGAACUGACCCAGGUGCUGUCUUUGGCUGUAAAGAAACCAAUACGCAAACUUUUCAACCUGUUGACCUGGGACAGCACCCUUGAAAAGAUCCAUGAACUGGGGAAUCCCAAAGCAAAAAAACCUGAUGACGUCCCCACGUUCUAUGAGGUUACAGAGUCUGCUAAGGUGCUGCUUGAUGCAGGAGAGGAAAUUCCUUGUGACUUGAUGGCAAAAAUACUGAAGUUCCAGCUGCUACAGAUCAAAGCCAACGAUCAGCAGAGGAGGGAAGCUGAGCAAGAGAAGACAAACACCUGUCCUCCCUCUGCUGGCAAGGACAAAGGAGGGGCCAAGGUCUCGGACAAAAAGGGAAAGAGUCCGCCUUCAUCUGUGGGACCUUCUAAGGAGAACACCAAGCUCAAACGCAGGGAUGAUUUUGAGCCACCAAAGCUGAUUGAUGACGAACCACAGGAUGGUCCUCAACACUACAUCUUGCUGCUGGGCUUCUACCAGCCCCACCUGGUUGGUCAGCUUGAUGCCAUAGGUGUACAUGUAGCCAAUGUCAUUAAACUGUGUUCUGAGCACCCACAAACUUCUGAGGGACAGCAGCAGGAACAACGACCCUGUGAGGGCAAUGAGCAGAGUCCGAGGGCCUCUCUGGCGUUGGAUGCAGAAGCAGAGGUUCAUGGGAGUGUAGAGCUGGCUGCUCAGGCCAGGAAGUUGGAUCUAUUCUGGUCAGGUGUGAGAGCAGUUUUGGACAGCGGUCCACCAAACUCCAGGCUCAAUGAUGUGGUUCAGCUUAGCUUCACUGUCCCAGACCUCCAGCCUCCCCUUCACACACAGGACCCUGAGGCUGAGCUGGAGACGGGAAGUCAAAUCUUUGAGGGUGUGGCCAAUCUCAUCUAUGACUGUCUGGACUGGCGCAGGCAACACCAGCACUACCUGAACAACAUCAAACUCAUCAGUGUACCUGCUGUUGUUGGGUUUGAUCCACAGCCUGUAGAGGUUGUGCCGACCCCUCUCCCCCUGACUCCACGCUCCAAAAAGAAAUUGGUGCGUGAGGAAACACCACCAGAGACCCAGCAGCCUCCUCUCUCUACAGAAGUGGACAUGCGUUACUAUUGCGACCUACUCGACAUGAUUCCCCCCGAAGCCUGCUCUGUGCCUCUAAUAAUGCACUGUAUGCUGGAACAGGUUCUGAUUUCAACAGAGCAGUCUUUGUCCACCCUGUCCUGUAUUGCUGAGGAGCCCAAAUCUCCCAACAGUCUUGGGUUAGACUAUCAGCUGGUCAGCUUCAUGCUCCAAAGCUUCUUGCCUCUCGUACACACAAACGCAGAGAGAAGCCAGAUGUUAAAUAGUUUGCUGGCAACAACACAGAAUGAAGAACACAAGAAGAGGCUAGAGGAGAAAUUUGGAGCAGAGGAGACGCAGAAUAAGUCUGAGCAACCUCUGGUCAUCAGACACCAUAAUGAGAUAGCCCUGCGCUUGAGGGAUAUUAGUGCGGUCCAGGGUUUUGAUCCAGCAGAAGUGGAGCUGUCCGUGACGAGGAGGUCUUCAGUGUGGGAGCUGAUCCAAUCUGUAGCUCGGCCGAGAGACAGCAACUCCUGCUGGAUGGCAAUCAAACAGCAGCUACAACACUACUGCACAGAUGAUGUCGUGUCAUGGCCGGAGGUGGAGAGUUUGAUUCAUCAGAGUGUGUUUGAGAGUAUGCCACUGACCAGGCCCAACCAAAACGGUGUUCUAAAGAAUGCUUCUGGACCACUGGGAACACUGGACCCAGCAGAGCAACAGACACCCACAAUCAUCCCCUGGGAUAACCCACUAUCCUACGCUAAACAGCAGCUUGAUAACCUACGGACGAAAGGACCGACAUUCCUCACUGAAGAUCCUGUUAACACAGAGAUCAGUGGUAGAGUGUGUUGCCAGCUGAACCUACAUGACAUUCAGAGUUGUAGGCUGAGAUCUUUGUUUGACUGGCACUACACUGAACACCACAGUGCCUCCAUCUUCCCACAGGUUCUCCAGUUAGCAUCAGAAGAAUACCGCUACUUGGACACUUUCAGAGGAAGUCAUAACAACAUCCUGUACAUUUUUUGUCACAAUCCAAUGAGCCCUUAUCACCAGUGCAAGGAGUUCUGGGAUGUGGCCCUUCACACUGAUGUCAAGUUCAGGAAGUAUUUGGAGCACGUGGCAGAUAGCAUAUCAGAUUGGACCAAAGAAGAAGAAUUAAAGAGAGAGGCAAUGCUACUCAGAGAUCUCAGCCCUGCUGAGUCUCCAAAAGACGAAGCGACAGAUUCCGCAGAGGAGGAGGACGCCCUGGAGCCAGUCAUCAGAAAAGGCUCCCUUAAAGCCUGGAAGGUGGAGCAAGAGCAGCUUAAAGAGGAGGAGAUGUCCAAGAAAUCAAAGAAGGAGAAUACACCGAAAAACAAGCAGCAAAAGGAGGAGCCUAUGUUGACGGACGACAAGAAAAGUAAAACUUUGUCUAGUGGCAAGAAGACCAGAGCCGAGACAGCCGCGAGCUCAACCAAGACUCCCACAGAGUCCAUUACUAACACAGCACACCCUGCGGAGGAAAACAAAGAACUGCAUUUGAUGGAGGAGCCCUUCAAUGGUUUCACUGGCUACAGCAUGGAUAGAAGGUUGAUCCAUGUGUCAGGUCGCUGCCAGUACCUUUUCCCUUCAGAUGGAGGACAAAUCACUGUGGAGAAUGUCAGCUAUGUUGAAGGUUCCAGCCUCAUGAAAGUGGCGGUGAAGAAGGAUGGGCAUAAUUUUUACACCCACAUCAAUCAAGUUGUUGUUGAGCCAGCAAAUCCUCUCCCUCAGCCCCAAGACAAAGAAACCAAAGUGUCGGAGCCUGUGGAGAUGAAAAGAGUGAAGCAGGGCUCCCUCUCGGCAGUGUUGGACAAUGGAAUCCACCUCUCGUACAGUUUCUAUGGUCCCACAGGAGAAUACAGAGUGAGUCCCCAGGAAACAGCGCGUGGGGCCCCAGAGACCUCUACCGUUGUCCCCAUCCCUCACUCCUCCUCCACCCACCGCUCCAGAGUGACAGACCUGGAUUCAAUUCCUUCCAAGACUCACAGCCCAGCCGGCCACACCAGACCUCCAGAGUCCCAGGUUCCACGUAUGAACAUGGAUGAACUAAAGAAUACAUCUAAGGUGUGUGACGGCCAGCCAGCAUUGAUAUCAAGUCCAUUCAACAGUCUCCACCUGUCUGUUCCUAAUGGACUGCUGCUGCAAUUUCUGCGAGAGGAUUCACAAGGAGUGUCCUCAGAAGAGCAGGGUAUGUUGGUGAAACAGGGCUUCCCUCUUCAUGGUAGGGGAGCUGUGGGGCAGCUUCAGGACCCCUCCCUCUCCAAAGAACUGUCCCGCAUUGUAACUUACCAGGGAGCUGUGAUCCGAAACAUGAGAGACGGGUCCACAGAGGUUCUGUUUGCAGAUGGCUCAGUCAGUUUCAGCCAGGAUUCUGGUCCGGUGUGGGUUCCUGACUCUGAGGUUGAGGAGGAAGACCCCUCUCAAGAAUCUGAGGAUAACAAGAAAGAGCAGAGCUUAGAGAAGGAGCUUGAUAAUCAGAGAGGGUGUUGGUUAACUACGACUCCAUCUGGAGCUCGCAUCCACACUGUGGGGACCACACACAAACACAUACCCACCACGACUCUUCUGGCCUUCAAGGCUACAGACCCCAUCACCAAAGAGGUGAUGCUGAGCCGGGAGGAUCUGGUGGUUUCUGUCCGGAACCCAGACGGAUCUAUAAGUGUAGAACAUGCAGAUGGAACCAGGAUCACCAGUCUCUACCAAGACAGACCACCAAGUACACCGCAACAUAUACUGCUUCAUACAGGGGAGCAGCCUGAGAGUGUGACCCCUAAAUCAACUUUUAAAUGUGCAUGCGGCUGCACUGAGUGUGUGUGUGUCACGCGCUGUGCGGACAGCAUUAAUGAGAACGUGCACUUCCAGGAUACUGGUGACAAGGAGGGUGCUGGACUUGCUUGUUCAGAGUUCCGUGAGCGUGAGCUUGUGUGUGAUGAAAGAGAAAGUACUAUUUAUAAGAGUGGUGAGGAGAGCGUGUUUGCAGCAGAAACUGUGGAUGUGAAUGCGAAGAGUAGUGCAUGUGAGAGCGAUAAGGGGAGUGUGUCUACCAAGGAGCGGGUGGUGUUGGUGGAGAAGGAGGGCUGCGCCACAGUGGUGAUGUAUCCAGAGCAACACAUGGCUCACGUCUUUUUAGCUGAUGGAACUGUCGUCACUGGGAACAACCAAGGAGCCUAUCAGGUGUUCCCAUCCAGUGAGGGACUCCUACACAUCCAAAGUGACGGGAAGUGUGUGUACUCGUCUGACCCACUUGUAACCCCCAGUCCAAAUGGUUGCACUCCCACAAACCAACCAGGAAGCUACACCAUGAGUCACACAGACAUAGUGGCUUGUGACAUUACAGACCCCGAUGGGACCCACUUCCAGGUGAUGGAAGAUGGACAGUUAUCAGUGCUGAACUGUAGCCCUGCUCCGAGCACUCUGAAACAGGAUGAGGAGGAGACAGAGGAGGAUGAGGAGGACAGAGAAAUGGCCAAGAUGAAUGUAAAACAGAGAGAACAUUGUCACAGGCUGUUUCUGGUGCAUGAGGAUGGCUCCGGUACUGAACUACUGAGCUCUGAAACUGUAGAGGAACUGCUUUACCAGGCAUAUUCUGACCCAGCCAUAGCACUGCUGAAGGAACCACUGCCAGACACACAAGAUGAGUUUGGCAUUACCAUCUUGAAGCCCAGCCACCAGAGCGUGUGGUCCCAGUGGUUGCUAGGGAAACAGAACCCUGACAUUACCCCGCCCAACCUCAGAAACCGCAGCUGGCAAGACUUCCCCAGAAUAGAGAAGAAGAGCCCUGGUCCUCCAUUUGGUGCUGACAUGGGACGAGGUUUGACUCUGAAAGAUAGUUCCGGUGGUUCUGCAGCACAGCGGCAACCUCUCAGAAGCUGCCCUAAAGUCUUGGAGAUGAGGGAGCUGUAUCAGCACCGACCAUUCACCACAAUAUUCAAAAAUACUGUAGACACACGACUGAAGGAAUACAUAGAGAGUUUGAUGGAGAGGGAACAGCGAUCAGAGGAGAUGAAAGUCAAAGACCCUCGCACUGAGGUGGAGAGUGGUCAUGCCAGUGAUCUGCUCAAUCUGGUCCUGUCUUUUGCAGAAAAAGAGGAAGCAGCUCAAAUCUUUGACAAGAGGACUUCAGUGAACAUAGCCAAUCUGUACAGCCAAGGAGUUGGAGACCCAAUAGAGCAGUCUGAUGUUUCAGAAGACACAGCCACUGUAGCGAGUGACAGUUUUACUCAUGGAAAGGAGUCAAAAUGGAAUGAAAGGCUGACACAGUACAGACAGGAGAUGUGUGAAGAACAGGCUUGUAAAGAGGCUCUAAGGAAGAAGAACAUCGUUCCUUUUUUCCACCUAGAAAAUAUUCCAUUAUACCAGAAUCUGCUACACGACAUGCCAGACAUGAGGUGUUUGUCCAUGGAUCUCCCUCCGAUCCCCAAGUCAGGCAGCACUGAGGCUUUCCUGAAAGAUGCCCCACAAGAGAAGACCCCACGACCCUUAAACCCAACACCCUCUCAAUCGGCAAGUCAUGCAGGAGGAAGUGACAGGAAGCUUGAAAAAAGGCCGACCAACCCAACGCCUCAGACUGCCGGUGAAAGCAGUCUGAGGAGGUCAUCUGGGCAAUGUAAGUCAAUCCAGGUGGAUGUGACUGGAAAGCCCAGGAGGACUAAAGUCAGACUCCCAACCUCUAUCCUCAGCUCUAAACCUUGCAGCGUACCAAAUCAACAGUUCCUGUCAGUGGAAGAGCCAGUGAGAAGGAAGUGUCGAACUGUUUCUCUGACUGAUCCAAGUGUCAUAGCCAGGGGAUUCCAGCUGCUUCCGUCCAGUGUUGACUUUGGCACACUGCAGGAGGGCACCUCCUCUGCCAUUACUGUGGUGAUGAAGAAUGUGGGUGUUGACACCUGCAGGUUCCGUGUGAAACAGCCUCCUCCUGCCACAGGACUCCGGGUCAUCUACAAUCCUGGGCCUGUGGCUGCAGGAUUGCAUGUUGAACUGCUGGUUCAGCUGUUUGCCAUGUGUACAGUCCAAGCAGGAGAGGUAGAGCCAAAGAAGUACAUCUCCCAGGAAAUCACCAUCCACACUGAGACAGACAUCCUCUACCUGCCUGUCACUGCCACCAUCCUUCCUGAGAGGUUAUAUGACAUCUGGCUUAAGGACCACAUCGGUACACACAACAAGAAAGGCUCCAGGGUCCGGGGGAGCCGCACAUAUCCACAGACAACCCGUAUCCCAUCAGACCAGUCCUUCAGCAAACGGGGGACAUCUUAAUUGCACCACUCCUCUGUGAGCAACAGGAUACACAUCACCAGUCUCCCAUCAGAUUUCGCACCAUCAUCAUCCUACCACACA